AUGCAGAUCAAUUUGUGUAUCCUCCCGAUCCUCUCCACCAUCGCCGCGGUGAUUUCGGCUGCUCCAUCCGGCAUCCUUUCGCGCUCCGGUAGCGUCUCAGCCACGUCCAACAACACGCCUAACGAGCCCGCCGCCAAAUACCACAUGAUCGAGUUCCUGCACUUCGAGAUGCCGGGCGUCGAUGACGCUAUUACGCACCCGGAGCACAAACACGAGCCUGUGCCGGUCUUCUACCCAGACCCAUCCUCUAAUAGUACCUUCAACUACUACACCUUGGCAGGCGGCGUGAUUGGCAAGCUGGUCUGCGAGACCUCCUGGGCGUCUCCCACCUACGACGAGAUCAGCCACGUCGUCUCAAAGAUCUCCAAGAUGGCGACGGAUAAAUGUAGUCAGGACAAUGUUGGGGGAAGCAAGUGCACACGCUUGCAAUGGUACAAGGGCGGUGAAAUCUCGCUGUGUGGCAAGGUGGCAAAUGGAAUCCCUUGCCCCGCGGUUGCGUGGGCCGGCCAGGAGAUUAGGAAUAGAUGUGCUCUGAAAGCUGAGGGUGAAGGGCUGGUGGAGCGAGAUUCAGAGGCCAAUUCAUUCUUCCGCUACAUUCCUACCUUUCUAUCUCGAUGUGACCUGGUGCAUGCUGUCUGA